CGAACACAGAAUUAAAUGUAUAGCCUGCAAUUACUUGAAACUAGCGAGCAGGACAUUCGUUUCCUCAACUAAAAUCCGGCUCAAAAAAGAUCGAGGCAGCUACCGUGGCUCUCUUUCCGGUCGAACGGAAAACCAUCAACGGAUCCUGCCGAUCAGCUACUCUGGCCCGUUGAUACAUAGCUCGAAGAAGCCAAGCGAAGGAAGAUGAAUCACCCAGAUCGAGUAGCAGCAUGGUUGGUGGAUCCUGAUGAGACGGGGCAGUUGCCAAUGGAGAUUACGGAUGUGGACAAUCAAUUGGGGAAGUCGAUCAAGGUCAUACUGUUCGCUCAGGAUCACACGAUUGGGAACCUGAUUAGAUCACAACUUCUCCUCGACCCCAACGUCACCUUUGCCGGUUACCGAAUCCCUCAUCCUCUCGAUAACAAGGUCGAGCUCCGCAUAGCUACCGACCCGAAUCCCAAAGACCGACCCUACGUCUCCCCUCGCAAAGCCCUCCUCAACGCAUGUACCACCUUGAUGCUCCUCACUCAACGUCUGAAGAAGGACUUCGAGGAACAGAGCAAGGCAUUAGAGAUCGGAGCUGGGGUGGGGUUGAACAUGGGCAUGGACAUGAGCCAGGGAGGGAAUCUGGGCAGCAUGGGUCAGCCGAGCGGGUAUGGAGGGAUGGACGGGGACUUUGGGUACGGAGGGAUGUCGAUGGGUGCAACGCAAGGUGCUUCGGCGGAAGACCCUUACCAGUACUGAGAUUACUGGGAGGUAUGCGGGACGCAUACGAGCUACGAGACGAGCUCGAUUGUUAUGCAGAAGCUCGAACGGUGCUUUGGAUGCCGUUGUAUCAUGUUGUUGCCCACUCUAGAUGUAAAUCACGGC